AUGGCCCGUCUUGUCGCCGAUCCGAUCGAGUCAGCGACGCUUUCGAGCCGCGCAAGAGAAUUCGCCAGUUGUCAUGCGAAAUUGAAAGAGCAUGGUGCCGGCAAAAGCAAGAGCAAACGGAAAUCCAACGGGCAGUCCUCUGCCGCAUCUGCAACAUCCACCGGCUCACACAAAGGCAAGAAGCGCAUGUCACAGUCGGAAGCAUCGCAGUAUGCUGUGGCAGCGGAUGACGAGACUGCUCAAGAGGAGCAAGAUCACGAAGAUGCGAUGGACAGACUACUGGUGGAAUUUAGGAACAUGUGGCAGAGACAUUCCCUCUCGAAUACCACGUCGGCGCUCGAUGAGCAUCUCGAGCAGCAUCCCGCAAUCCAGGAAGCGCUAGGAACGGCAUUGACUUUGUUGACCAGCGAUCGAGUCGUACAGUCGAAGCUGCUGGUCUUUUGGGAUAUCGCAAAACAAUGCAAGUGGUCCGUCACGCUGAGACAGCUCUACGGCAUCUUUGGGAAAUCGGGUUGCCGGAGUUAUCGCUUCUUCCUCGCGCUCGGAAGCCUUGCCCAGAGCGGCGGCGUCACUUUCGAGCAGGCGGUUCAAGAGAUGAGGACCUGUCAGGAUUUCAGACAUGACUACUCGAGAGGAUCUGUGGGUCGAGGAGUUGACCGGAUGGUGGAGUGGCAUCCCUGGGAUGCGACGAAGGCGCUGGAGAAUUUCCAGAACGGCCAUGCAACGAGACAUGUCCUACCAAACCAGCAUGAAGCCAGUCCCAUUGGCCAAGAGGCGCAGGAAGCAAGGCGCGAGCAGCAUGUGAACGGCUCGCGGGCAUCUUCGGAGUCUGCCUCAGAAUCAGAAUCAGACUCAGGCUCAGGCUUUGAUUCAGGUUCGGAGGCUUCCGCAUCUGAGUCAGGCUCGGUUGCCGAGCCGGAGGCGGGCCGCGCGGAAGCCAGCGCGCGGGGCGACGUUGACGCGCCUUCUUUUCUCUCCGGAGACACCACCAGCUUCACCGACAACACUGACACCACCAUCACCGCACGCGAUCACGUCGGCUGCGGAUCACUGAUAAUCACUGCCGAUAACCCUGAGCACCGAACAAGCCUCACUGCAUCUUCCCGACUGUCCAUCAAAUCCUUCCCCGACACUUUCGGCUUCGUUACGCGCGGCACUGGGCAGCCGCAGGACGAGGACGACCAGCCACCGACCUUUACUCAGGACCACGAGGAUUCAUACAUUCCUCCUCAGAUUGACGGCCCUGAGCAGCCUCACGACAAGAACGGCCAGCCACUGUCCUCCAUUGACGACAAGGACGAGCCAUACACUCCUUUGCAGCAGACCGACGCCCUCCGCGACAGCCCGAGUCGAGCACGCGACGGCGAGGCUGGUCGUGUUGAAUCUCGAGACCCAGCGAUCGGCGCACAGAAGAGCAGUGACAUUUGCGGCGAAUUGCACUACAAGCACGCCCCAGACUCCAUACACACCUCGCACUUCUCCGACGCCUCAAAGUACGCCGACGCGAUGGUUGCAAACAAGAGAGGGCUGGGCAACAUGAACACCGGAUACAGUCAGCCUCCGGCGAGCAAGCGCAACAAAGCAGGCGAUGCUUUUGGCAUUGAUGAAUUGCUUCCAGAACAGACGUUCUCACGCCUGCAAGCGACGUUCCAAAGCUUGGGAAUGUCCACGUCGCAGGAUACUGGCAAGGCUCUUGGAUUCCCAGAAGACACAGCCGUGGCCCUCCACGACAUCCAGAUCGGAGAAGAUCAGAAGUGGAACGGUUCCUUUUGCAGCAUCGUCAUCUACCUACCUCGCCUGCUGGAUAACGAGACCAAUGGCGAGGACGCCGGCGAUAAAGAAGCCGAGACAAGUGCGGGACAAUCUCAGUGGGUGUCCGCCUACGUCCAGUUGCAGUCGAACUCUUUGACUGUCUUCACCCUCAACACUACCGAAGAGCUGAAGAAUCGCGAUUUCGCUGCUGUCGCCGGUUUCGUGGACAAGCAUCUCCCACAGGAGUGUUUUGCGGGACAAGACGAAACGGAGCCGCAGUUGGCCUCCGUCCCCCAUAUCGAAGACAUGCACAUCCAUGACUCGGCAUUCAUCGCUGGCGCUUUUGCAAUCAACUCUGCAUUCGCAGACGCUCUCUCGGAGCCCUUGACAUUUCAUGGCUCCAGUUCUGUCCUCUGCCUUACUUUGAUGCACAGACUUGCAGAUCACUUGGACUCUGGAAACGGACAGAAGCGCAGCGCCGAAGACCUUCGAAAUAGCUUCACGUUGGCUGUCUUGGAGUCUCGUCUUCCUGACCACACGCUUGACACGAGUUCUGGUCGACUGGAGUCGGCAAUUGCAGAGAUUGAAGCGGCUCUUGACGACGACGCAUUCAUCUUGCGACGCACUGUCGCAAUACAGAACAACCUGACCGGCCUCCGCGAUGUUGUACUUCACCAAGAAGACAAGCAGAGAGCACUCGAUCUGCAGGGCCAGCAAAACAACCAAGACCUGCUCACCAGCACCAUUGUCGAACUCAACGCGAUCCGAGGCAUGACGAGCCUUCCUCAGAAGAACAAGGACGAAAUCAUCGCGAGCCUGGAAGCACGGCGGCAGGAGUUGGAACAGUCAAAUGGCAGAUCGCCCCAUACUCUGCGUCUCAUGGAACUCAAGGAUCUUCUCACCGUCGUCAGAUCGAACAUUGACGACUCCCGCCGGUGUCUGGAGAAGGAUAGCCGGAAGUUCAAGAGCGAAGCAAUGGUUCGGCUCCGGAGCGCGCUGGAGAGACUUGACAUGAGAGAUGGCAUCUGA